CGCGCUGGAGGAGCCGCCUGUAGAUUUAACGUUACUGUUUUAUUAACUGUAGUUCUGCUCUGUCUUCAGUAAACAUGUCCAGCUCCACGGCAAAGCACACCAGACCUACUCUGAAAGUGACCACGUCAUCAGGCAGGAUGAACCACUCAUCUUCAGGAAUACUAAAACCAAACUUAAGUGCUACACGGAGUGUCAACGCCUCUGUAAGCCGAAAGAGCUUCAGUUUAGCAGGGGAUAGUAAGGUUUUGGAUAAAAGCUCUGCUCAAACUCCUAAACACAUUGUACAGGUUUUGGAUGAAGCAGGGAAGGAUGUCACACCUCAGCCUCUGUACCAGCCAGAACCUGGAGCUGUACUAACCAAACAGAGCAAAAUCUUCGCACCUCAUGACACAUCAGGGGGGACCAUCUCUGACUUCUUAUCCACAGCUUUCCAAACCACUAACGCGAGCUUCGCAGCACCCUUUACACGGUCCAUUUUUGGCAGCAGCUCUGUGUCCAGAUCGAGCCAGUCUACAAUGGAAUCAAUCAGUGAUGAAAUUGAGGAUCCGUCUUUGAAAAGAGAUAUCUCAGUCGGUCUCUCAGAUGUCCAGGUUUGGAGAGAGGAGACGAAGGAGCAAAUCAAAGAGCACAUGCUGGACAGUAUGGUGGAUUGCUACCUCACUGAGACAGAAACCAUCUGGCUGCUGGACAUGCCUGCAGUGUCUGUGUCUGUAGACUCAGAUGAAGCUGAAAUAGUCAAAGAGAGGAACAAUGCAUAUACAGAACUUUGCAAAAGCAGACUGGGCAAUGAUAAAUACGUGGAACGCUCAAUGCAGACAUUUAACGGGGCACCCAAAGCUAAAGAGAUCCAGACUGACAGCAUCACCAUGGUGGAAAAAGCUACCACAGCCACCAUUUGGGACAUGUAUGACUCGUGUGUGAGUGGCAGCGAGGCAGGAGAGCCCAUUUCUUCAGAUGGAGAGAGGCCCACCAUCCCACAGAUCUCCUCAAUUCAUCGCCUAGAUUCAACCAGACGUCUAGACAGAACCACGUCUGGAGUCAGUGCCAACAGCAUAACCAGUACCACCAGCUCCAGAAUAGAGAUGGAGGCCUUUGUGGUUGAAGUGGAGGACAAGCCUGACCCCGAGCUGGUCCUACAGUCUGAGAAGUUCCUGCAGGAUCUGCUGGUUAUGGAGCGGACGAUUCUGGAGAACAUCUACCAGCCCAAGCUCGCUGCCUACAGACUGCUGCCAAUACUGACAGAUCCAGACAGUGCAGCGAUUGAGACAGAGGGCCAGGAGGAAAGUUCUCUCAGCCCAGCCCUGGAGCGCCUAUGGGCCUUCAGCUGUGAGCUCACUAUGGGUCGCAACGUCAGCAGCAUGGCCUGGAACAAGAAAAAUCCAGACCUUCUAGCUGUGGGAUACGGACAGUUUGACUUCAAAGAUCAGAAAUCUGGACUUGUCUGCUGCUGGUCUCUGAAGAACCCUACUUGGCCUGAGCGGAUCUUUCUCUGCGAGAGUGGUGUUACGUCCCUGGACUUCUCAGCCUCGAAUGCCAAUCAGUUGGCAGUGGGCAUGCAUGAUGGCAGCAUCGCCAUCUACAAUGUACAGAGCAGAGAGAAAACACCAGUCAUCGACAGCAGUGACUGUGCCUACAAACACACGGGUCCGGUGUGGCAGGUGAAGUGGAUAGAUCACGAGCGGGGGCCUUCAGGAGAAUAUAAAGGAGAGACACUGAUCUCUGUCGCUGCUGAUGGGAGGAUCAGCAAAUGGUUCCUGCGCAAAGGCCUGGACUGCAUCGAUCUGAUGAAGCUGAAGAGGAUGAGAAAUGACAAGAAACUGCUGGGAGAAAGAGAGAGGAAGAGUGAGGCUCUGAUUUCUCGCCAGGCGCCUGGACUGUGUUUCGCUUUCCAUCGUAAUGACUCAAAUAUCUAUUUGAGUGGAACAGAAGAGGGACAUAUUCACAAGUGCUCCUGUUCAUACAAUGAGCAAUUCUUGGAGACGUACACAGCACACAGAGGUCCCAUCUAUAAGGUCACCUGGUCACCCUUCUGUCCAGAUGUCUUCCUAAGCUGUUCUGCAGACUGGACCAUUCAACUUUGGAGGCAAGAUCUCCUCACACCUGUUCUGGCCUUCACCUCCACACAGAAAGCUGUCCAUGAUGUCAUGUGGUCCCCGCGGUGGGCCACUGUGUUUGGGGCAGUAAACGAGGGCAGGGUGGAGAUCUGGGACCUGGGAGCCAGCAUUCUGGAUCCAACUAUAGUGAGUGUCGCUAGUCCGGGUGUGAAGCUUACGUCUCUGCUGUUUGCCAGUGGGACAGACUGCAUCUUGGUUGGGGACAGUGAGGGCCAGGUCAGCAUCUACAAACUGGAGAACCUCGGAGUGGGAGCAGGCACACAGGUGGACACACUUGAGGACAUCAUCAGGUCCACGCUAGCCAGCCAGCUGUGAGAAAGAGAGAGGCUUUAGUGUCUGCUGGUGGGGUGCUGGCUGAGGAUCAGGCUGUUGAGCUGCCUGCUCUACUCCAUCAUCCGUCUGACAGUAAUGUCUGUUAUCCAUCAGACUCAGAGACUCCAUUUCAGAAUAACAAUGAGAUUACAACA